AUGGACGACAUGAGUAAACAAUCUGAUUUCAAGUUAUCGGGGAAUAGUAUCAGGAAUUAUGGCUCUCAGCCCAGGUAUAUGUUGUCCGUUAAUCGUCUCCCCAAACAUACUGAUUCUCCUCCUCCUUACUAUAGAUCAGCCAUUAGCUUGGGACCUAAAUCAGGUUCCACAUUAUGGAAUAGCAGCACAUCAAGUCUCGGUGGCAAUGUAAAUGACAGGUCAAGUGACUUGAAUGGUCGCUUUUCAAAACUUGAACUAAAUGAAAACACUAAUUCAAGUAAAAAGUUGUGCAACGGUUAUCACACUGAUUAUUGCUCGACCAAAAAUCUCCAGUCUAUAGAUCGACGGGAAUUUUCGGAAAUCAAUAACACUUAUAACAGCAGGAAUUCUGUACGUUGUUUGGACUCUCCAGUAGCUAAUUCUCCUCGUGCACCAAUCAGUCUUCCAGUAAACUCUCAUCACUCAUAUCACAGAGGUGGACUUGUGGGCCUUAACAAUCUUGGAAACACUUGUUUUAUGAAUUCGAUUCUUCAAUGUUUAAGUAAUACAGCUCCGCUUACCGAGUAUUGCUUGGAAGAUCGAUUUCUCAAAGACAUCAAUAAAUCAAGUUCCAUGAAUGGGAUGUUAUUUCAUUCAUAUGCUGAUUUAAUGAAAGAAAUUUGGGAUCCUGAUUUGGCUAAUUCUUCCACCAGUCCAAGUCGAUUUAAAAGUCAAAUUCAACGAUUCGCUCCUCGCUUUAUGGGAUAUUCUCAACAGGAUUCACAAGAAUUCUUACGAUAUGUAUUGGAAGGUCUUCAUAUGGAAGUUAAUCGUGUUCAAAAGCGUCCAAAUCCCAUUAAGCCAAAUUAUGAAGCGGAAGAUUGUCUCCCAGACAAUGAAAAGGCUAAUUUAUAUUGGAAACGAUAUUUAUCUAUGGACAAUAGCGAAAUCGUAGAUCUAUUUGUUGGACAAUUAAUGAGUACGCUUGAAUGUGGCGAAUGUUCAUUCAAAUCAACUACAUUUGAUCCAUUUUGGGAUUUAAGUUUGCCAAUACCGAAAAAAUCAAACGUCAGCAUAUUGGAUUGUUUAAAUUUAUUCACAUCUAAAGAAGAACUAGAUGGUAAUGAAAGACCCAUUUGUAGUCGAUGUAAAACUCGAAGAAGGUGUACCAAAAGUUUUUCCAUUCAGAAAUUCCCACAAAUUCUUGUACUUCAUUUGAAACGUUUCUCUGGUGAACGUUUUCGUUCGAAAAUGUCGGUUAUGGUUGAUUAUCCUUUAAGAAAUUUAGAUCUUAUUGGAUUUGCUACUUCAAGUUGCACCCAGAAAUCAGCCCAAUAUAAAUUAUACGCAGUUUCAAAUCACAGUGGAAGUGUGUAUACCGGACACUACACUGCAUCUUGUUUAAAUCCUUAUACAGGUGAUUGGCACUCAUUUAAUGACAGUCAUGUACAUGCAAUCUCAGAGAACUCAGUUGUUUCUGCUGAAGGUUAUGUACUUUUCUAUACACUUAUUCAAUGA